AUGUCCUCGCGCCAGCGGUGGCUAGAGAGCGGAGCUGGGAGGGAGAGGCUGGAGGCUGGUGGCCACAGCCGCGCCGCCCGUGCGGACUUGAGAAACGCCGAGCCCGGCCCAUAUUGUACUAUACUUACACCUACUCCUUGCUCCUACGCAUGCUAUACUGCGCAAGUGCCUACUUAG